GGCAAGAGGAAAAACAUCAAGUCAGCACCACUUCCUCCCAGUGAUCUUAGUGGACCGGUGCUGCUAAGCAAACCAAGGAGUGCAAGGAAUUUCGGUGCAAGAAGACUAAUUGAGACGAGUUUGUUUUCCAUGUUGUUUAAAAAGGGGUUGGCUUCUAUUGGUUUUGAUGACUGUUUACUGUGUCUUGCUGGCUUAGCGAGGAAAUUAGAGUCUGAUGUUUUCUUAGAUUUCUAUAAGGAAACUGUACAAGCUCUAGGGCCCAGGACCAUGUUCGUCAUGCUCUCGUAGGGGUGUCAGUGAGAGCUCUACUUUCACAACGAAACAGCACCUAACAGAAAAAGAGUUUAUGUAACCAACUAUGCACCUGUUACACGGAAGAGGAAGGCAAGAAAUUUACCAGGGAAAACAAUGGAGCUGCCUAAAAAUUUGGCUAUUUUUAUGCUUUUUUCCAAGAACCUUUGUAUCAAAUGCUUCAAAACCCAAUAUUUUACUGAUAUUGGCUGAUGAUCUGGGCAUUGGAGAUGUAGGUUGCUAUGGCAAUGAUACAAUAAGGACCCCUAACAUUGACAGCCUGGCAAAGGAAGGAGUGAAACUUACUCAGCAUGUUGCUGCAGCUGCUGUCUGUACGCCGAGCAGAGCAGCCUUCCUCACGGGCAGAUACCCCAUCAGAUCAGGCAUGGCAUCCAGCACUGAAAGGCGUAUUCUUUUUUGGAAUGGAUGUUCUGGUGGUCUCCCACGAAAUGAAACCACUUUUGCCAGAAUACUGCACCAGCAAGGUUAUUCAACAGCACUUGUAGGAAAGUGGCAUCUGGGUGUGAACUGCAAAUCCCGUUAUGAUCACUGCCACCAUCCUUUAAAUCAUGGCUUUGAUUAUUUUUAUGGCAUGCCUUCUACCCUUUUGAAUGAGUGUCAAGGCACAGAUGAACCUGAACUAGCCAAGUCUUUGCAAUAUACCUAUUGGCUGUAUACGCAGAUAAUCAUCCUUGCAGUGCUUACGCUUCUAAUUGGAAAACUUACCAACUUAUUCUCAGUAAAAUGGAAAAUAAUCAUAUGUCUGGCCAUCUCUGGUUUCCUGUAUUUCGUUUCCUGGUUCUCCAGCUAUGGGUUCACCAAGUACUGGAACUGUAUCCUGAUGAGAAACCAUGAUAUCACUGAACAACCAAUGAAGCUAGAAAAAAUCACUUCUAAUAUGCUUAAGGAGGCAGUUUCAUUCAUUGAAAGAAACAAGCAUACACCGUUUCUUCUCUUUGUUUCCCUUUUACAUGUUCACACUCCUCUUGUUACCACAGAGAAGUUUCUGGGAAAAAGCAGACAUGGCCUAUAUGGAGAUAAUGUAGAAGAGAUGGACUGGUUGGUGGGAAGGCUUCUGGAUAUUAUCAACAAAAAAGGCUUGAAGAAUACCACAUUCAUUUAUUUUGCAUCUGAUCAUGGAGGAUCCUUGGAGGCUCACAAUGGAAAUGCCCAGCUAGGUGGAUGGAAUGGUAUCUAUAAAGGUGGAAAAGGAAUGGGAGGCUGGGAAGGAGGGAUCCGUGUCCCAGGAAUAAUUAGAUGGCCAGGGCUGUUGCCUGCAGGCAUAGUUAUCAAUGAACUGACAAGCCUCAUGGACAUUUUCCCAACAGUGGUUCAGCUGGCUGGAGGUGCGGUGCCUCAGGACAGGGUAAUUGAUGGACGCUCCUUGCUGCCUUUACUGCAAGGGACAGUUCAGCACUCAGAGCACGAGUUCAUGUUUCACUACUGUGGUGUGUUUUUGCAUGCAGUGCGGUGGCACCAAAAGGACAGUGGCACCAUAUGGAAAGCUCAUUACACUACUCCAGUAUUGCAGCCAAAGGACUCCGGAGGCUGUUUCAGAAGAGGAAUUUGCCCAUGUUUCGGGGAUGGUAUAACCCAUCAUGACCCUCCAUUGCUGUUUGAUCUUUCACAAGACCCUUCGGAGGCCAAUCCUCUAUCAGCUGACACUGAGCCCUUGUUUGACACCAUAAUAAGGAGAAUAGGAAAAGCUGUAGAAGAGCAUCGAAAGACGCUGACUCCAGUCCCACAGCAGCUGUCUCAUUACAAUAAUAUGUGGAAGCCAUGGCUGCAGCCAUGCUGUGGGACAUUCCCAUCCUGCUGGUGUGAUAAAGAAAGCAACAAGACAGAGGAUAUACUUUAAUACCAAAAUCAAAGCAGGGCUAGCUCAAAAAAAAAAAAAGCGUUCAAAUGACUUCAAUCUAAAUACAGAGAUUUGGUUCAAAUUACACUGGAACAGGAGAAAGGGACAUUUCUGAUGCCUUUUGUUCUGCCUCUUCAAUAAGCCUGUAGUUAAAAAAAGACAAAAACCUCUCCAAACAUAUUCUGCCAAGGGUCAGCUGUAUAGUCUGUCCCUUAAGUGCAUCAUUCUGGAUUAAGUGGCCAGAUAAGUGAACCAGAAUUUCUUUCCUUGCUAGUUUUAAAUUCAAGUUAUUGAUGAUAGCAGAUCAAACCUUAAGUGCAGUUGUUUAUACAGGUAAUAUGCUUGUUAACGCAACAGGCCUAAGCCCAGGAGGAGAUACCACUUCAGGCUGUUUCUUUUUAUUAUAAAAACCAUCUUGUAUAUAAAAACACAAUUGUGCAUUUAGUUUGGAACCAUACCAAAACACAUUACAAAAAACCCCGUCUAUUAGACAUAGACCCCUACUGACUUACAGCAAUCUUUUGCCUCAUCUAUGCAUUUGCUUAUGUACCUCAUCAGUACAUUUAUUUGUCACAGUAAGAAUUCCCAGGAAAAACUGAACUGACAAAUAUGUUUACAAAUUGGGUAGCUACAGUUACAAUCUCAAGUUCAGCACUUCAGUUUCUAGCUUUUCCAAAGUACUAAACCACAGCAAUUACUACUGACAUGUAUUUUCCUUAUCAACUUCAAUCCUCUCGCUUGUGGGAGUGUUGAAAACCAUCAUCCAGGAGGACAUGACCAGCUGCCUUGACAAGAUUGCUCCCAAAUAUCACAAUCAGUGAGAUUAACUCAAUAAACUGCAAGUCCUACUUUA